AUGGAGGCUGUGCGUAAACAGAGGACGCUCUUGUACCUGCUGCUGUUUGCGUUAUGCGCGUCCAGCCUCGGAGCGCGGAGGUCCAGUGCGCGCAGAUCAGAGCGCCUCAGUCCUCCCCUGGACAUUCAGCUGGAGACUGUGAACUGUUCCUCCUUCAGCGUCAGAUGGAAGAUGCCACGAAGACACGUCAGCACCAUCACCGGGUAUAAGGUUUUCUACACCGAGGUGCGGGGAGGGCGUCCGUCAGGCUCAGCGUCUGUCAUGGAGGUCCCUCUGAGUUUGGACAUGUUGACCACUGGUCAAUUCGAUGGACAGGCCAGUUUUGACGUGGUGGUGGGAAACCUGAAGAUCAACACAAAGUACAGUGUCAGCGUGGGAGCGUACGGCUGGGCAGGGGAGGGCCGAGCCAGCGUGCCCCGGGACGUGAGCACCGCCACUCAUGAUAUGUGCAUGCCCCCCACGCCCCCCACCACUCCGCUGGUGACCCCCGUCUCCGACACCGAGCUGGCAUUGUCGUGGCAACAGGGAGAGAGCGAGGGGAGCGCGCCCAUCCAGCACUUCUUGGUCGCAUACAUCAGGCCAGAGAUGGACACAGAGUGGACCUACAUCCGUGAGCCCAUCCAGAGUAGCUCCAUGGUCCUGAAGGGGCUGCUCCCUGACACACAGUACCAGUUUGUGGUGCGUGCGGUGAACAUCCACGGCAUGAGUCCUCCGAGUCACAUCAACAGCCCUGUGCGCACGCUGGGGGUGUCGGACGUGGGCAGUGCAGACUACGGUCUCUACAACACCGACCUGGGUCCAGACGCUGACAAAUUUGACGUUGAUGACACCGAUUACGACGUUUUCAUUGAGGAGCUGGAUCCAUUCCCAGGGAUUCCUCAGGACAACCGGAAGUCCCAGCUGCGCUCCCACAUCGGACCGCUGAGUCGAAAUGUGGUUUACCGCAUGAACCCAAUCAUCAACUCCACCGCCGCUCCAAGCUUCCCCUCUGCACCAGACUUCACAGACCUGCUGUUUCCCACUGAGCCUGAACUCACCACAACCACUACUACUACUACUACUUCUACGACUACUAGUACCACCACUGAAGCUACUACUACUACUGAAGCUACUACCACUACUGAAGCAACUACUACCACAACAGCCACCACUACCAGUACACUCCCCCCCACCACAGUCCCGCCCACUUUGUCACCAUGGCGACAGGGCGACGUACCCCGAGUCUACGACCUGACCUGUGAUGACACGGUGUGCCCCCCGGACAGCUUCUGCCUCAGCGACUAUGAGAGCGGGGGCUCCAGAUGUCACUGCAACCUGGGGUAUCAGGGAGAUCUGUGCAACCAAGCUGUGACCAUCAACUUCCCCCGUUUCUAUGGAUUCUCGCACAUGACAUUCGAGCCCCUGAAGAACUCCUACCAGACAUUUCAGAUCACACUGGAGUUUAAGGCAGACUCUGAGGAUGGCCUGCUCUUGUAUUGUGGAGAGAAUGAACACGGACGAGGGGACUUCGUUUCUCUGGCUCUGCUCCGCGGAAAACUACACUACAGGUUUAACUGCGGGACCGGGGCGGCGCAGAUCGUCUCCGAGAGCCGCGUUGUGAUUGGUCAGUGGCACAGCGUGACUCUGUUCAGGGACGGCAUGAGCGGCUGGCUGCGAUUGGACGACGAUGAGACAAUCUCCGGACGAUCACAGGGUCAGUACUCUAAGAUCACGUUCCGCUCGCCGCUGUUUGUGGGAGGAGCUCCAGGUGCGUACUGGUUGGUGAAGGCCACUGGCACCAACCGCGGCUUCAUCGGCUGCAUCCAAACUCUUACCAUCAACAACAAAGUGACCGACCUCCGACCCUGGCCCCUGGGACGAGCUCUGAGCGGCGGCGACAUUGGUGAAUGUAACGACAGCGUGUGUGACCAGGUGAGCUGUGCUAAUGGAGGAGUGUGCUACGCCAACCGAGCCGACGGCUACAUCUGCCUUUGUCCGCUGGGCUUCAGAGGAGACCUGUGCCAACAAAGCUUCACACUGUCCUCUCCGCUCUUCAACGUGUCGCUGCGGUCCUUCGCCUUCGUCUCGUGGCCGCAGACGUUUCAUAGUUACUUGUCUUUUAUGGAGUUUGAGAUUACAUUUUGGCCGACUGCUCCUGAUGGGACUCUGCUCUACAGUGAGGACGACACCAGUGCAGACUUUGUGUCCAUCAGUCUCAUUGACCGAUACGUGGAGUUCAGAUUCGACUGUGGCUCUGGGUCCACCGUCAUCAGGAGCCUGGAGCAGAUCGGGCUUGACUCGUGGCAUGAGCUCAAAGUGUCUCGAACGGCAAAGAGCGGAAUCCUGCAGGUGGACCAGCAGAAGACUGUGGAGGGCAUUGCAGAGGGGGCGUUCACUCAGAUCAAGUGCAGCUCUCCUAUUUAUGUCGGAGGAGUCCCGGAGUACGAGCGAACCAAGAGCACAGCAGCAGUGCAGGGGCCUUUCAGUGGAGUCAUACAGAGGCUGGUGUUGAAUGACCGGCCGCUGCCCCUCACACCGGGCUCCGCUGGCGGUGUGAAUGUGAUGAACUCAGACCAUCCGUGUGUAAACAGCCCCUGCGCCAACGGAGGCAGCUGCCGAGCCAAGUGGGACAGCUACGAGUGUGACUGCCCCCUAGGGUACGACGGCCGCCACUGCCAGAAAGAAUGUGGGAACUAUUGUCUGAAUACAGUGACUGAGGCCAUCGAGAUCCCACAGUUCAUCGGACGCAGUUACCUGACUUAUGACAACAGUGACAUCCUUAAACGGAUGUCGGGCUCACGCACAGCUCUGUUCAUGCGUUUCAAGAGCUCUGCCACAGACGGCCUCCUGCUGUGGAGAGGCGACAGUCCCAUGAGAACCAACAGUGACUACAUGAGUCUGGGGCUGCGGGACGGAGCUCUGCACUUCAGUUAUAACCUGGGCAGUGGUCCUGUGAACAUUGUGGUCAACGGAACUUUCAAUGACGGGAAAUGGCAUCGAGUCAAAGCUGUGAGAGACGGACAGUCUGGCAAACUGACAGCGGACGAUUAUGGGGCCAAAACAGGAAGAUCUCCUGGAAAAAUGAGACAACUCAAUAUUAAUGGGCCUCUGUACGUGGGAGGCAUGCGUGAGGUGGCCCUGCACACCAACAGACAGUACGUGGGGGGACUGGUGGGCUGCGUGUCCCACUUCACUCUGUCCACAGACUUUCACCUGUCGCUGGUGGAAGACGCCAACGACGGCAAGAACAUCAACACCUGCUCCAUAUAA